CUUUGUAGGAUUCCUAGAAGCCAAACCAGAAAUCCACAUAAAAAUAGAGACACAAGAGCCGGGCUCUGAAGCUUAUCUGUCCGCAACAGAAAGUGUGGCACUGCCAUUUACUGAUGGGGGGCCCUGCCACAGGGAUUGUGACAUAUCGAGACUUGGGCUUCACCACAAACAUCCAAUGGGCCCAGAAGCCAAAACGUCAUCAGAGCGAGCCAGGGAGCCGUUACAGGGGGCUGAAGUAUUGCUGGAGCAGCACAAAGCCCUGACUGACUCGGGCACUAGAUACAGAGACUGUACAACCAGCUUGAAGAUGUUGAGUUUAAUCUGUAAUAAAUGUGGCGUGAGCUUCUCGGGGAGCCGUGAUCUCAUGUCUCACCAGUGUAACCAGUCGCUUAUCAACACAAACAUCUUGCGGCAGCACCAGGUUCCUCUUUGUACUGAGUCUGAGAGAAGGAACAGCAGUGACAACACUUCCCAAUCCCAACAACUGCUCCGGACUGUGGAGAAAUGGUUCCCGUGCCCCGAAUGCGGGAAAAUGUUCAACGGAAGGGGCGGCCUUAACAAGCACAUUAUCAUUCACAGUGAAGAGAAACCAUUCAGCUGCACCGAGUGUGGCAAGACCUUCCUGCGGAAGCUUUCCCUGGUGGAACACGAGAGAAUUCACACGGGGGAGAAACCAUUCACCUGCUCCCAGUGUGGGAGGAGCUUCUCUCGAAGGAGCGGCCUCUACAAACACCAGGUCAUCUGCAACGAAGAGAAACCAUUCACCUGUACAGAAUGCGGCAAACGAUUCUCCCAAAAGACUCUGUUUCUCAUUCACCAGAACAGCCACACGCCCCCGUGUCCUGAUUGUGGCAAAAUGUUUGACAAAAAGUGCAAUUUCCUAAAACAUAUAAAGAUUCAUAAAAAACCAGCAAACAGAGUUGCCAGAAAGAUUCUCCCAUGAGAGUCUCCUGGUCCAACCAGAACAGAUCAUCACCGGGUCCCUAAACACACCCAGAAGCAGAACCGGUGCAGAUAAACAAAUGGAGCUGCUCCAGUCAACUGGAUCUUAUAGGGAGGAGCUUAAUUGGGCUGUACCAGGAAUCCGAAUGUGAUGCCUCCAACUCCAGCACACAUUUAGAAUAUUUAUGUAUGUAACAUUGUUAUGAGCCAAGGGGAGGGCCCAGAUGAGUUCUGGGGUGAGUGCUAAUUUGCAUAUUUUGGAUUUCAGUCUAAACAUUUGUAUAACUAAUAAUGACAUGGAAUAUAUAUCUAUUAAAAAAUGCUGUUUCUA